AGCGUCAAAUGAGGUAGCAGCUACCUCUGCUUACCAAUGAACACGUCUGCGCCACGCUGCGUCUAUCAGUACCCACACAGCGGAAAUAUGUGCGCAACACGUAGCUGUGCUGUCUGGGGAAUCAACAAGCGGUAAACUUUAAGAGGAAGGGAACUACUGACUGUUUGGCAGAGAAGAAAACAGCAAUGUCUGAGUCAGACGAGGAGUGUUGUACUUUCCGCACCAGCAAGAACACUGAGGGGGGAAAUACGUCUCCUAAUAGCCCCAAGGGGGCUACGGUGACACUACGUUGCUUCUCUUGUCCCGAAAAAUGCUCCCCAAACGGUCGCUUCAUCUGUUGGAUCUGUUGUUGUUUUUUUGCAGGUUGUCUAAUAGUUGGUGUUAUUUGGUUAGUGGUAUGGUCGACGGACGACGACGAGGACCCUAAUUGCCUUUUCUCACAAGCUGCAGUGGCCGCAGACUCCGUGAGUUGUUCGGAGAUUGGACGGGACAUUCUUCAGAAAGGUGGCUCUGCAGUAGAUGCUGCCAUUGCUGCGCUGCUGUGCACCUCCGUCAUCAACCCACAGUGCAUGGGGAUCGGAGGCGGGGUCAUAUUCACUGUGAUGGACAGAUCCGGUAAAGUGAAAAUCAUCACCUCCAGAGAGACUGUCCCCAGCAAUGUGACCUCUGACCUGCUUAAGUUGUGUCAUAACAGCACAGAGUGGACGCAAGAUAGCAGAUGGAUUGGGGUUCCUGGGGAAAUUCGAGGUUAUGAAGCGGCACACCGGCUUUAUGGGAAGUUACCGUGGGCCGACCUCUUUCAGCCAACCAUCAAAUUAGCCAGAGAAGGAUUCCCCAUUCCUCACUACCAAGGUCAAUACAUCCAACGCAUUAAUAAUACGUCAAUACGGAAGUUAUAUUUAGAUAAAAAUAAGAACCUGCUUAAGACUGGUGAUACUGUGAAAUUUGAGAAACUGGCUGACACUUUGGAGAUGAUCGCAAACGAGGGACCAGAUGUGUUUUACAACGGAACAAUAGCGAAGAAUUUAACCAGUGACAUACAGAACGAAGGAGGAAACCUCACAAUGAAGGACUUGGAAUUGUAUGAAGCUAAUGUGACUGAUGCGUGGAAUAUUUCUUUGGGAGAGUAUCAAAUGUACUUCCCUCCGCCCCCUGCAGGAGGAGCCAUCCUCAGCUUCAUCCUCAACAUCAUGAAAGGAUACAGAAUGAAUUCAGAACCUAAGACGACUGAUGAAAAGAUUUUGUUUUAUCACCGUUACAUUGAAGCUUUAAAAAUUGCCAAUGAAUUAAAGACAAAUAUUAGUGAUCCAAACUUCAGCUCAGAUGAAACGGCAAAGAAACUGACAGAGGAUAGUUUUGCAGACAACAAACGAAGCGAGAUCAGCAGCGACAAGACUCGUGAUCCUGGCAUCAACUUGUAUCGGCACAGCAUCGGCACCACACAUGUAUCUGUAGUGGCUGCAGAUGGAUCUGCUGUGUCUGUCACCAGCAGCAUCAACGACGAAUUUGGCUCCAAGGUCCUCUCUCCAAGCACUGGAAUCAUUCUCAACAACCAGCUGUCUGACUUCUGUGGUAGAGCUAAUAGCUUCUCUCCUGGGGAGCGGCCUCCCUCCAAUAUGGCCCCAUCUGUGCUGAAGUCUCUGUCGAAGACGCUGGUGAUUGGAGGGUCUGGUUCUGAAAUGAUUCCACCGGCAGUGGCCUCGGCGCUCAUGAACCACCUUUGGUUUGGAAAGAGCCUUAAGGAGGCAAUUAUUACUCCAGUUGUUCUUGUAGACUCUAAAAGUGAAGUAAAACUUGAAUCCAAGCUUGAAAAGGAUGUAGUUGAUGGUCUUGAAGCUCUGGGACAUAAAAUAGCAAAAUUCUACAACACAGUUAAUGCUGUGGAAAAGGCGGGCAGCUGUAUCUCUGCAUGGUCUGAUGAAAGGAAAAACGGCAAAGCAGCUGGUUACUGAGACCAAGAGUCAGUGAUGUCAGUUAUACAGCAUGGUGUUAAGGUUAUGGACACUGCUGUAGCUACAACACUGGUAAAGGGUUAGGGUUAUUUUCGUCUGUUAACUGAUAGUACAUACAUGCUUUACUCAUGUGUCUUAAAAACGUUUGUAAUAUUGAGAACUUAAUGCAACGAUCAGAUCAUUUACAUCCCAAAUUUAAUGCAAAAUUGUGCAAAGAUAGCAAUGUAAAAACUAGAAAUUUAACAAAAAAUUUAACAUUUUUAGGGAAUGCUGUUGAUAUCCGCCUCAAUUUUUUUACAGUCAAUAUGACCUUUUAAAUAUUUGUUCAUUUUGGGUUUUGACUAAACAAGGAAACAGUUUUCAGGUCGAAAAGUUGAAGCCCAUGUCUACUUUUCUUCAACCUGCAUUCUUUCUAAACAGCAGGCCAGCAGGUUGAGACUGACUGCAAAAAUUUUGUUUAUAGUAAACAAUUCAUAUUUUCAAGUCUCAUCAAAUUCAUGUUUACUUUGCAAAUUUUAGCCCAGUGGAUAGUCCAGAAGGGAGACAGAUAAAGUAGGGUACACUUUAGGGCAGACCUAAGUUAUCUAUCAAUUGAUUUGUGUUUAACACCCUCAAAAUCACAACGAAUUAGGAGUCCUACAACACCGGUGUAGUUACUGUUACAGGCAUGUCAGCAUCAACAAAGCUAGAUCUCACAGACUGUUAGAGCUAAAUAGAAAGGUCGGGUCAGUUUUUUAUCUAAAUAUUAGAAGCCAGAUUUAAAUGCUUUUUAUUAUUAUGUUUUUAUAUUUAGUUUGCAUAUUAAGAUUUUCUGCUUCAUUAGUUCAUCCUGCUGUUGUUUUUCUGUUACAAAGUGUGGGUAAUUCUGCUGAUGUGCUCAGGGUAAAAGUUAAUCUGACAAGCAGUUUUUGAGGCAACAGUUUUCUUUUUACCUCGGUAUCUGUCUGAGCCCCUAUCUGUUUAUGCUCCAGAAAAAAACAUGAGGUCCAGUUCAAGAUUAAUGCUAUCGAUCCCUCGGGCUAAACUCAACUCACUUGUGCUGAUCGAGCCUUCUCUGUGGCAGGUCUCUGUGGCGGCACACUAGAGCCACUAAUCUCAAAAAUGUCUGACUUAUAAAAUAUGAUAUAUAUAUAUAUGUAGCAGUAUGAGUUCAUGAAGGAAGUUCCAUAAAAUAAAGUGAAAUUGAAAAUAAAUCAUAAUCAACAUAGUUUUAAAUGUAAAAGAAAGUGUUUCUCUGGAUUUGAAUUGAAAAGAGAUUAUGUUACAAUGAAUGUUCAUGUAAAAAUGUGCUAAAGACAAAUCUAACUGAAGUAGAAUUACAUAAACUGAAUGAAGCAUGACGUUAACUAGAUAACUAUAGUUUAAGUGAUUUGAUUGUUGUUUUGUGAUUUUUACUAUUUGAUUUAGCUUUUGCUUUUCUUUUGCUAAAUUCAUUUAAUAAAAUUUCCUGCAAUUAAA